UGAAUUAUUACAGUUCACUCGAACUAAGAACUCAGCGCAUUAUGGAACUACAAGCAAUAGUUGUGGCCCUCUCGGCUAUGCUGCUGAUCGUGGCUGCUGAGUCCGAUAUCAACGCCACCGAAGUGGAAAAAGCUAUACACCAACAAAGUGAAGCAUUCCUGGAAAGUAUCUACGCUGCGGCAGGUGAAUCGCAACCGGACGGGUCGAUGGAUGUAAUUGAAGAAUUAAUCACAGCUGCCGCACCGGAAUCAAUCCGUCAGGACGUGGCCAAGGAACUUAAGGCCGAUGGUAACGGAGCCUUGUCGGACGGUUUGAAGGAACGCAUCAAUCAUUACGUUCUCCAGUGGUCUCUGCAGUACGUUCCGGAAGAUUUGCAGAAGGAUGUCUCGGAGGCUUUGGAAGAGUAUCAGACCACUGGACGAGUAUCUAACAACAAGGAACGCAAUGAACGUGUUCGCCGUUACCUUGCAGUAUUGAGCAAUGGCCGAAACAAGCGUGGUUUCUGGGGGAAAUUGUUCAAAACUAUAUUUGGAUUUAUUUCAGGCUAGAUUUGGUAGAUUGAUCAUUUGGUAUCGUCAGUUGCAAACUUUAAAAAACUCGACGCAUUAACCUUAUAAAUUUCAUUCAAACAAUUCAAAAAUAUAUUUGGAAUUGGAGUAAUACAAUAA